AACAAAAUUACAAAUCAAUAAUCACAAGAGUCAACUAAACCAAUAGCAAAGAUUGAGAACCGUUAGACACACACAAAAACACAAUUAUACAUCAACUCUCUUCAAUUAGACAAAACUACCGGAGCCGUCAAUUAAAACGAUAGAUUAACACACAGAUAGUUAAACAAACGUAUUAUUAAUUCAGACGACAAUGAGCGACGACAAUGUGGUGGCGGCUGUAGUAGAGGACAACCCGAUGAACCUGUAUUUCAAUAAAACAGACGAAACCUAUUUCUUUUUACGCGAAGCUCCCUAUUUGGAGACAACCGAAGGCCAAGUAUCUCAGCUAACAUUCUGGUCGUUCAACGCUUAUCAUCGGGUAUUCGGUCUGUAUGUCCAGCGAACUAUGACUGAUGUAAAAUCUAAUCAAACUGCUGAUGGAAAAGAUGUUAAUAUGAUUUUGAAUGUCUUUCAAACGGAGUAUCAGUUUUCCCAUUAUGAAGACGAUUGGCAUCAUUUCGCCAUUUAUCGACCGGACAGACCCUACCUUAGCUCUAAAGCCAGCGAAUACAAAACACUGGCUGACAUGACAGCAAAGCUUACCGAUGCUAUAAAUCGCCAGUUCCGUUGGUAUCAGUCACUGACGUCGAUGCUAAUGAUUGGUAACUUUAUAGGAAAUCCAGCCGAUAAGUUAACUUUGGACCAGAUGGCCGCAGAGGUUCCCGUUCCGAUCAAUAUACCCGGAACAUAUAGAGAAAAACCUAUAGUGGCUAAUAAAUAUUUUUGGCAAUCGGCCGGUCGACAAUUGGGUAUACACUUGUAUAUAUACAAUACCGGAAAUAUCAAUUGUUGUCGACUGUUUGUACUAAAACAUCCUGAAACCGGCCGUUGGGUGAUGGAUAUGUUUCCGUCGUCCAAAAUAAUUGCCCAAUACCCGACAAUACGCAACGAACUAUGCCCAGUAUAUUUAAAAAAAGAAGAUAGGAUUGUAUUGGACAGUCAGGUUUUCACAAUGGGUCUACUUUAUCGGCAAUUCGGUAAACAUCAACAAUGCGAUUGUUAUCUAAAAUAUGAUACAAUUACGAAAAGAUUCUCAGAUGCGGGUAAAGAUUAUUGGAUGGUCGACAAAGAGUAUCGACUUAUGUCUGAAACAAAUACUCGAUAUUACAACCGAUUCAAUACACCGGUAUCAGUGGCCGGUGUUUACGAUCUGACGCAGUAUUUAUUUACAAAAUUUUGUUUAGAAGAUCGAAAAAGAAAAUCUGAUGAUCAGCCGACCACCAGUCGAUAUGCAUUGUAUGUGUGUGCCGGUGCCAAACUAACUGUUCGGGACAGUUAUCAUACUGAUCCGGAAAUCGAAAAACAUAACCAAAUACUUGUCGAACAGGGAGGUGUUGUUGUGGUAGAAGACGAACUGGAGUUUUCGUUACCAGUUUAUGAAAUGAUAGAGGAUUCGAAUGUCAACAAACCAAUGGCCUAUUCAUGGAAAAAGUUUUGCAAAGAUUAUAUAAAAAAUGAAUCGAUGAGACAAAGAGUCAAAGAUUACAGGAAUCCGGUAGUGUUUUUGGGAGCAAAUGAAUCCGAUUAUAACAGCAUUGCCUGGGAUUUAAUUAUUGAUAAACGAGGCAAUGAAAAGAAUAUGGGAAGAAAUGUAAAGCGAUGUCGACGCAAAUGCUUUCUGGUGAUACCGGAAGGUGCGUACAUUGUGGCCGUAGAGGAAUGGGCGGAAGGAAUCGAUGAGAUUUGGCAAAGACAUCAAUACGAACAGCUGCACCGGGCUAUUGUCCGACACUGUAAUGAAAAAGUACAUAUCUAUGAAAAACCGAAACGAUUUCAGGCGCCCGAAGACAAUAAAAUGCUUGAAAAGAUUCUCACAAAUACAUGGAUUGAAAACAAGACUCAAGUGGACAGACAUAUUGAGAUCGAUAUUCAUGACUCACAUCGAGUCAGAGAAGCUUAUGAAGAUUAUUAUAAAAAAUGGAAUAUCGAUCCAUCAGAUCGUUAUAACCGAAAAAAUCCGAAAGUCUACCCAAAAGAGUUCAACUUUUAUCGAUUUACUGAAGUUAAAGACAAGUCAGAAUGGCGCUCAUACUGUCCGCCACCGGCCUAUCCACCGGUCAAGAUCACUAAUCCCGAGACCAACGAAUAUCGGCUCUACUAUUUGCCACAACUAUUAUCAUUUCCGGACAAAAAAUGUGAUUUGCGGACAGUCUUUAAAAAGUACAGUUACGACCCAAUGACCUACAAAACACUGUCCAAGAAAUCUAUUUAUCCGUUUGGCAAACAAGUGUCACCAAUACUAGAGCUGAGAAAAGAGUCGGUUGUUUUCGAUGAGUACGAAUGGAAACCAAUCAACAAUCCAUGCGAUUACAAACAUUUGAUGGAAAAUCGUUUAGACUAUAGAUUGGGUGUCGACGGACGAUACUAUGAGAAGACUGAUCACCGAAUCGGAAAAGUCCAAAGUCUUUACUAUGAAUUUGUCGAUCCGAGUGAUGACAACAAAACGGCAAUUCAGGUAAACAUUGAUCCAAAAGCUGAUGACAUUACUCGAGGACAUCAACCGUUGUUUGAAAAGAAAACGGACGAUGAAAUUACUAAUCUCAUCAAAAGUAGUCAAUUGAAACCAACGCCGUAUAUCAGAUCAAGUAGUCGAAAAACAACGACAAGUAGUUCAUCAAUAGCACCGACAACACAACAAUCAACAUCAAAAACGACUAGCCAUUCGGAUACAACAUUAGGACACUCUUCACAUACGGCUUCUUCGACAUCACGACAAACAUCCAGGCAUUCAAAAUCGGAUGACAAAAGAAGAAGGUCUCGUGAGUCCAAUGACGACGACCAUCGCCACCGCCGCCAAAGUCGUAGAUCAAGAGACCGCAAAAGUCGUAGUCGAAGAUCAAGUGACCGCCAAAAACGUAAAGACAGUUCAAAAGACGAUGAAAGAGAAAGAAAGAAAAAAACAACUUCAACGCCUCCUCCUCUGCCGUCAUCUCCGCCUCCUUCUAUGCCGCCUCUACCGUCAGGGCCGCCGCCUCCUUUCCCGACUCUGACGUCAUCUCCGCCUCCUUCUAUGCCGCCUCUGCCGUCAGGACCGCCUCCUCCUCUGCCGCCUCUGCCGUCAGGGCCGCCGCCUCCUCUACCGCCUCUGCCGUCAGGGCCGCCGCCUCCUCUGUCGCCUCUUCUGUCAUCGCCGCCGCCUCCUCUGCCGUCAGGGCCGUCGCCUCCUCUACCGCCUCUGCCGUCAGGGCCGCCGCCUCCUCUGCCGCCUCUGCCGUCAGGGCCGCCGCCUCCUCUGCCGCCUCUGCCGUCAGGGCCGCCUCCUCCUCUGCCGCCUCUGCCGUCAGGGCCGCCGCCUCCUCUACCGCCUCUGCCGUCAGGGCCGCCGCCUCCUCUGCCGCCUCUGCCGUCAUCGCCGCCGCCUCCUCUGCCGUCAGGGCCGUCGCCUCCUCUACCGCCUCUGCCGUCAGGGCCGCCGCCUCCUCUGCCGCCUCUGCCGUCAGGGCCGCCGCCUCCUCUGCCGCCUCUGCCGUCAGGGCCGCCGCCUCCUCUGCCGCCUCUGCCGUCAGGGCCGCCGCCUCCUCUACCGCCUCUGCCGUCGUCACCGCCUUCUCCUCAAAAACGUAAAGACAGUUCAAAAGAGGAUGAAAAAGACGGAAAGCAUAGAAGAGACCAUUGAAUGGUUUAAAUGAAAAACAAUAAGAAUUUUAAAGAGAGAGUAAAACUAGAAUUAAAAUAAAAAAUAUUUAAA